AUGGCACUCAGAAGGCCACACCGAAAAUCAAGACAUGGGUGUUUGGAAUGUAAACGAAGAAGAGUAAAGUGCGACGAGGCCAGACCAACAUGCACCAAUUGUGCAAAACGUCAUGCAGAAUGUGAAUAUGGAUCUUCAAGCUCAUUACUGUGGGCAAAUGAGGAGCAAUCCACGCGGGCCACAUUUCGAACAUCAGGCUCAGAUAGUGGUCAACACAGUGAAUCAGUUCUAGGAUCACCUACUGCGUCGGAUUCAUUAGGCAUUCUAGGAAGACUGAACAGUUCAGGUGGCGCCGUCGCCACAUCCUCAGUCCCAGCGUUAAAUCUCGAGGAUCUGGAGUUGAUGAUGCAGUGGUGUAACUCCACGUAUCUCACACUGUCACGAAAUGAACUCACUGAUGCUAUCUGGCGUAUUGCUGUGCCAGAAGAAGCUCUCUCUCACCCAUUCUUAAUGCAUGGCAUUUUAGCGCUGGCCGCUUUACACCUUGCUCGGAUGGGCCCUGAUCCAUCUCGUCGUGCAGCACACCUCAAUCGUGCUGUAGCACACCAGAACCAGGCACUCGCUUUAUUUCGUGAACUACUGGGUGAUAUUCAAGAAUCAAACGCAAAAGCAAUGUUCGCAUUUGCUAGCAUCGUCGUCGUGUAUACUUUUGGAUUCCCUCAUUCCCCCGAUGUGCAAGACCCUUGGACCUGUGUCGACGAUUUCCACCAAGUCCUCGUCCUUACUCGUGGCGUCCAGCAAGUUAUCAAACUACCAACAAGUCACUUGGGCAGUGGUUCCUUCGCACCGAUAUUCCAAGUCGAUAAGACCCGUGCGCCACUCCCCGAGGAAACACAAGCAAUUAUACACCAGUUACAAGAAGCGAAUGAGUCCUGUGGUAUCCGCGCUCCUGUGCACGAGACUGACAUCUAUGCCAAGACUAUUGAGAAUAUGGCUGACAUGCUGAGCUGGACUUACGCGGGUAUGACGGCCAGCGCUGUAGCGGGCCGAUGGGCAAUUGCCCUCCCGCCCCGUUAUCUGGAGCUUCUUCGGGAGCGGGAACCUUUCUCACUCGUCAUGUUAGCUCACUAUGGCGUGCUCUUGCAGUAUUUGAAGCAUCGGUGGUGCUUUGACGGCUGGUGUGUGCGGGUUGCUAAAGCCGUAUGGGCCAUUUUGGACGAUCAGUGGAGGCCCCUAGUUCAUUGGGCUAUGCGAGAGAUCCUCGGUCAAAAUUACUUGGAACGGGUGGAUAAUUUCUGA